AUGUCAUCAUACGGAAGAGGAGGAAGAGGAGGUAGCUUUGGAGGCGGUGACAGAGGCGGACGCGGCGGUGGCCGUGGUGGCAGCUUUGGCGGAGGCCGUGGCGGCAGCUUUGGCGGUGGUGGUCGUGGCGGAUAUGGCGGCGGUGCCCCCCGUGACAGAGAUGCCAUCCCAGAUACUGUCAUUGAGGCUUGGAGCAUUCACACAUCCAAGCGAAGAGACCAUCGUUUUGAGGAUUUACUCAUAGUGAUAUUCCAAAGGUCAACUGCCGGGUGUUCACAGAGAACCAACAGAAGGUUGGGUCAAGUCGACGAGAUCUUUGGUCCAAUCGAUAAAGUCUUUUUCAACGUUAAAUUGGACACUGGUGUCCAAGCAUCGACCUUCAAGGUAGACGACAAGAUUUACUGUGAUCCAUACUCACUGUUGCCACUGAGGACAUUUAUCGAAGAGCCUAAGCCAAAGGUUGCUCAGGCCAAGACUGGAUUCAAGUCUGCUGGCGGUCGCGGUGGCGCUCGUGGUGGUGCACCAAGAGGAAGAGGUGGACGUGGUGGCAGCUUUGGCGGUGGCGGCCGUGGUGGCAGCUUUGGUGGUGGCCGUGGAGGCGGCGGCGGUGGCCGUGGUGGAAGCAGCUUUGGCGGUGGUGGCCGUGGUGGUGGCCGCNGAGGUGGUUUUGGUGGUGGCCGUGGAGGUGGCCGUGGUCGUGGAGGAUAC